GUGAUGGCGGUGCUGGACGGUGAUGUACGUCAGGGACCUGAUAGCGGUGCGCGAGCUCUGCGCGUAGAAGACGGGCGCCUUGCGCUUGCGGCUGCGGAUGAGAGACUCCUCGACGAGGCGAAGCGGACGGGUCUUGGCGGCGGAGAAGAUGGUUCUCGCCGGACGACUGCGGGUACUGGCGGCGGUAGUGUUGGCUGUAGGGGUAGUGCUGACGGCAGCCGGAAGAGCAGGGGCAACCUUCGACGGAUUGGGCUGGUGGAGGCGGCCGGGUGUUGGCGAGUCGGAAGGGAGGGCGUUGGCCGGGACGACGGGAAGGAUACGGGGUCUAUAUGAGCCCGAGUUCUGCCUGCGGUGGAGGUCGGCCGGGUACGGCGGGAGCGUGCGCGGAGUGGAGGCUGCCGGCGGCGACGGAAACGAGGCUUGGCUGUAGUCCCCUCCGGACCACUUGACGGGCAAUCUGGGGAACGCGCAGAAAUAGGAAGUCCGCUGCUGGGGCUGACUGUGAUAUGCGCCGCCAGGCACAACAGGACCGUCACGGACUGCCAGAGCCGUGAGGAAUUCUGGAGUGUUUGUGCUGUGAAGCUGCUGCUUGCCGGCGUGAGAACAACACCGAGCGGCCACAAACCGGGACUGAAGGACGAAUAUAUAGACUUAUGACAACGCCUUACGAGAGAGACUAGGGCUGUAGCAGUACACUUAGACGCGACUGAGACCGAACCAG